AUGGAAGUAGCUUUGAACAUGAAUGGCUACACAGAAGAGUUCAUGCAAGCUCUUGAAUCGUUCAUGAAGGUAACUACAUCAUCAUCUUCUUCUUCUCCAUCUUCAUCAAAACAAGAACCAUUAGCUCCCAAUAACCAAUCUGGUCCAAUUGGGCUAAACCAGCUCACUCCCACUCAAAUCCUCCAAAUUCAAAGAGAGUUACAUCUCAGACAAAACCAAGCUCACCGUCGUGGCGAUAGUGCCCAUAACCUCCAUCUUCUCAACGCUAAACCAGUCCUAAUGAAGAAAACCGACGUAACUACACCGGUUAAACUAUACCGAGGCGUAAGACAACGGCAUUGGGGUAAAUGGGUUGCUGAGAUACGGUUGCCUAAAACCCGAACCCGGUUAUGGCUUGGUACGUUCGAAACCGCGGAAGAUGCUGCAUUAGCUUACGACGAAGCUGCACGUAAGAUCAGAGGAGAAAACGCGCGUCUCAAUUUCCCAAACAAUGGAGAAUACAGACAGACCUUGUCUCCUACUGUCAACGCUAAGAUCGAAUCCAUCUUCAAUACCUCUGAUCUUCCCAUGCAUGAGCUCAAGAAACCGGCCAAAACAGAGGAAGGGUUCAUUGGUUUUCAUUAUACCGGUCAUAAACCGGAUCAAGAACGUGAAAUUCCUGAUAUAUUCGGAUACGGGUCUGGUUCUUCUCCUGAGUCGAAUAUAACGUUGUUGAAUUUCUCAAGCGAAUGGAUAAAGGAAGAUCAGAGCUUUUGCAUAGGUUUGCAGAAGUAUCCUUCUUUGGAGAUUGACUGGGAGGCUAUAGAUAAACUCUCUGAAUCCGUCUAA